AUGGGCGAUGCGCUCGACGAUAUACAUCGCAUUUUUUCAGAUUCUUCCACUCCCCAUUCCUCUCAAUGCUCGUCACCAGCGUUUCCAGAUUCUCCAGAGCCAGUGUCAGUGCCCGCUACGCCCUUGUCUUCUACCUUUAGCACCCAGACCUCUUCCUAUGGGACCCCACUCUCACCGUUGUCCAACCUUCAGUACGAUUAUCCUUCCCCAUCUCUUCCGUAUAUAUCAUCAUCACCGGCGGAGAAACUCGCUGCCUGUCCAGCGGCAACUGCUGCUGCCACAAGGAUUAUUUCUGCUGCUGGCCAAAUUACGAGCAUUGUACAAAAACCGUUUCUGUUCAUGUCUGACGCGAGCAUGGUGUACACCGUUCCAGCAUGCCUGCGUCUUAUCGAACAUCUACACAUCGUCGAAAUCCUCCGCGAUGCAGAGGACGAACGACAGCGGCUUCUUUUAGAACUUCGUAUUAUCGCGGAGCUCCACGAAUCGGCUAACAACUCCUCGGCCUUAGCUCACCCCCUGCGCUUGCUUUCAACGCAUCACAUUCUACGUGAAACAGCUCCAGACACUUUCGCACUAACGCGUGUCGCAAGCCUGCUCGAUAGCGGCAAGAGCGUGGCAGACGUCUUUGCAAAUCCCGAAAAAAAAUAUGAAGACACCUCUGGCAUUGCUGCUUUCGUCGGAUUAUGGUGCGUUUUUCUUUUGUAUAUCUGGAAAUGUAGCGCUGGGUCAGGACUUGAUCCUGAGCCCCUUCCAGCGUUCAAUCUCGCGUUCAACACGCCUGUUCCAUUUUUCGAAUGCGGUCGUGAACCGGGUAAGUCUUUCCGCCUUGAGCGCUUCUCGCAGGCGAUGAUUGGUACGAGUGGAUGGGAGGCUCCUGGAGCUAUUCUAACUGGUAUGUCGCUGUUCAUUUUACCUGUUCGACUGAUAGUAGACGUUGGAGGAGGAAUUGGAAGCACGACGAUGAUUCUUGCACGGGCAUUCGGAGGGAGCCCCAAACGGCGGGGAAGCUUCCGCUUCAUUGUCCAGGACCGUCCGGUCGUCAUCGGACUCGGACUUGAUGCAUGGCGUGCGCAGUGUCCAGAGAUGCUGGAGAGUGGACAGGUGAUGUUCUAUGACCACGAUUUCUUCCUCCCACAACCUCCGCUUCCCUCAUCAGACUUCAACCAGCAUCCCGCAGUCUACAUACUCCGCGUUGUCUUACAUGACUGGCCUGACGCCCGUGCACGUCAUGUGCUGCUCAACUUGCGGCUUGCAAGCAGUCCAGAGACGAGGCUUAUCAUUGCGGAUCAUAUCCUCCCAUUAGCAUGCGUUGACGAGGGCGUCCGUAGCGCAAAGCACGAACAUCAGAAAUCCGACGGCGGAAAGUGGACGCUCGACUCUGUUCUAGCGCACCUCGAGGGCGCACAUGGCACUCUAGCGCCUGCGCCCCUGCUUCCGAACUUGGGUAAAGCCAGUGCAACCCCCUUUUCCAUGGACAUCGUGAUGCACAUAACUUUCAACGGCAAGGAGCGCACGCUACGAGAGCUUUGUGCGCUAGCUCUGUCGUCUGGCUGGCGCAUUGCACGCGUGACAUACUCAAAAGGUUCCCAUUUCGGGCAUCUUGUUUGCGAGCCUGUA